CUUAUCGCCUCGCUCUCUUCGCGCCAAGAACACACACCACUAGCCUUACCGGACGUCCUGAGCUAAGUUCUUCAGGUAACAGAAAUGUCGAAGGAGGAGGUGGCCGCCGCUGACACCUCCGAGCAGCCCAUCACGAAGGCGCCGUACUGGGACCCACCGCCGGCGCCGCUGCUGGACACGAGCGAGUUGUCCCGUUGGUCCCUGUACCGCGCCGCCAUCGCCGAGUUCACUGCCACGUUCAUCUUCCUCUAUGUCAGCAUCGCCACCGUCAUCGGCUACAAGAGCCAGGCCGCCGCCGAAACGUGCACCGGCGUCGGCUACCUCGGCGUGGCCUGGUCCUUCGGCGCCACCAUCUUCGUCCUCGUCUACUGCACCGGCGGCGUCUCAGGCGGGCACAUAAACCCGGCGGUGACGUUCGGGCUGCUGGUGGGGAGGAAGCUGUCGCUGGUGCGCGCCGUGCUGUACAUCGUGGCGCAGUGCCUGGGGGCCAUCUGCGGCGCGGGGCUCGUGAAGGGGAUCACGGGCCGCAGCUACGAGACACUCGGCGGCGGCGCCAACUCCGUGUCCGACGGGUUCUCGGUGGGCGCAGCGUUCGGCGCAGAGAUCGCCGGCACGUUCGUUCUCGUCUACACCGUGCUCUCCGCCACAGACCCCAAGCGCACCGCCCGCGACUCCUUCAUCCCCGUGUUGGUGCCGCUACCGAUUGGGUUCGCGGUGUUCGUGGUGCACCUGGCGACAAUACCGAUCUCGGGGACGGGGAUCAACCCGGCCAGGAGCCUCGGCGCCGCCGUCAUGUACAACCAGCACAAAGCCUGGAAAGACCACUGGAUAUUCUGGGUGGGGCCGCUCCUCGGCGCGACCGUGGCGGCGUUCUACCACCGGUUCGUGCUGCGCGGCGAGGCCGCCAAGGCGCUGGGCUCGUUCAGGAGCACCGGCGCUGCGACCGCACGAACCUAACCAAGGAGCGAGCACACACGUACGCAUGCAUCCGUGUAAUCGAAGCUGCUUAAUUUGGUCGGCCCGGGCGUCCCUGUUUGAUUCUUGGUUCUACUACUUUGCUUGGUUCAUGCUGUCUUGUGUAACUUUGGACUGUUGCUUGCAUGUGCAUGCACGGGUGGUCCCUUCUGUUGUCUGUUGUCUCUUCGAUUAAUCUAUGCAAUUACACUUCGGUGAUUACAUCGCUACAUAUGUCUGUGUAUGGACGAAAGUUCCUACAUGUACUCUCCGUGGGAUGCAACAAAAACAAAUUUAUGUCAGAAUCGUUUGAACAA